AUGCUUUCCAAGGUCACCAUCGCAUCCGCCCUCGUGGCCGCCACGUCUGCCCUCCCCAACGCUAUAGCCCCCGGCUACUACUCUGCUUACCAGCAACUCGCCUGUUUCGACAGCCUCACCGGGCCGCCUGUCGCCCUCACUCAAAUCGGUCAAUACCUUGAUCUCUACUUCCAGGGUAUUUACCUGGUCCCCACCUUCAACCUUCCCAUCCAGCCGGGUGUCAAGCCCAACACCCCCAGCAACAUGGCGGGAUUCAACCUGAUCAACCUCGCCACCCUUAAUGGCCCCCCUACCAUCUCAACAGAGAAGGCCGACAGCAACGUCGACUUCUUCGACCUAGAGUCCUUCUACUACGGCUGCGUUAUCCCCACCCAGGAGACUGUCGCCAGUCUUCCCGUUAGCUGCGACAUUACCGUCACUGGUUUCUCUGAUACCGCAGGUACCAUGAAGACGUGCGAGCAGAGCUUUGAGUACAGGGUCGAUGGUGUACCUUCCGCUGUAAUUGGUGGCACGCCAAUUGGUGAGAAGCCUGUUACGGUCAGCAAGGAGAUGAUGAAGGCGACUUUGGGUGCCAAGUUCAAGGGCCUGAAGAAGGUCAUGUUCUCGGUCCAGGGUAAGUCGCCUGUGUCGGGUGUGCUUACCGCCGCCUUGUUGGACUCUAUCUCGUACACCUCUUACACCAAGUAUGCGGACAACCAGGUUCUUUCCGUCGCCCAGGCCAUGUAA